UGUGUUUCACCCGGAAGCAUUUUAGAAGUGCACAGACUAAAAUGGCAACAUGUUUGAUAAAUAGUGAUUCUGCUGACGAAAUAAAUGAUCCUGGUGCUGCUCCAUAUGGCAACUUUAUAAAUUACUACACCUUUAAUCCACCGGAGAACCGCCUGAGUUUGAUUCCAGCCACGCUCCUUCAGGAUUUAGGUUUUAGCGUCGGCCAUAAGACCACGCUGAUCCUGGACGUGGGGUGUAAUUCAGGGGAACUUAGUGUGGCCCUUUACAAGCAUCUGGUGCAGGAGCAAGUACAGGCAGAUGUGAACAAAGUUCAUCUCCUGGGCUUUGACUUAGAUGAGAACCUCAUUCAGAGGGCUCAGCAGACCAACCCUCUGCCCAGCUGCAUCUCCUUCAUCCCUCUGGACAUCACUACAGACACUCACCAGCUACAGGAUUACCUCAGCCAACAUGGCUGCCCCCACUUCCACCUGAGUCUGUGCCUGGCUGUUACGAUGUGGGUCCAUUUAAACCACGGAGACUCUGGCCUGCUGCAGCUUCUCUGUCACUUGGCCUCUAUCAGCAAGCACCUCCUGUUGGAGGCCCAGCCCUGGAAAUGCUACCGCUCAGCAGCCCGGAGGCUGCGGAAGCUGGGUCGAUCGGACUUUGACCACUUCAAAACCCUGAAGAUUCGGGGGGACAUGGCAGAACACAUCAAGGAGCACCUUGAGGGACACUGUGGCAUGGAGCUCAUGCAGAGCUUUGGCAGCACAGCAUGGGACCGAAAACUGCUACUAUUCAGAAAAAGAAAAGACUGAGGCACAAUGCUUUUAUCUUUUACAUGAGCACAACCAAAGAAAUAAAUGUGGGAAACAAAUGUA